AUGCAACGAAGAACAAUGAUUUUUGGUUACUCGAUUAUGAACAAGAGAAUAAAGCUAAUGAAUGAAUCACAUAGUAAAUCUCAAACGACUUUUGAAGAUCUUCCAAAUGAAAUUUUUUAUGAAAUUUUCGAUUAUCUUGAUGCUAUUCAUUUGUUCCGAUCAUUUUCCAACCUCAAUACACGUGUACAAAAUCUUCUUGGCAAUUCAAGUCUUCUUCUAAAGGUUAAUAUUUCAUCUAUGUCGAAAUCAAAUUUUGAAGACUAUAAGAAAGAUAUUAUUCUGCCGUGUAAACAUCGAAUUAUAUCAGUAAAUAUAUCGAACCCAUUUGUUGUCGACAUUAUGUUUCGCCCAGUACGUCUUGCAUCACAAUUGCCUAGAUUAAAAACAAUGAUUUUGGAUAAUAUCAAAUCAAAAUAUCUUUGCAAUAUUCUCAAGCAUUUAGCGUCUCUACGUAAUCUAUCAUCAUUAGUUUUAAUACCGAUUGAUCAUUAUCGAAAUACAGAUGAAAUCUAUCAAUGUAUAUUUCGUUUGCCAGUGUUAAAAUAUUGCAAAAUAUCAUUGAAGACACAUUAUCGCGAUGAUUUACUACCUAUUGCAACAAAUAUAACAAGUUCUAUUGAACAUCUUGUUAUUCAACAUAGCUUUUAUCUUAAAGAUCUCAAUGCUCUGCUGUCGUACGUUCCACACGUUCGUCGUUUAAAAUUCCAUUCAUUCCAUGGAAGUCAUAGUAAUGAACAAGAGAUAUUUUCAUGUUCUUCUUCAAAGUUAACACAUCUAUCGAUAAAUCUAAAAAGUGUUUCCUUUGAUCAGUUUGAAUUGAUGACUCAAACAUUAUUUCGUCAACUUGAUAUUAUACAUAUAUCGGUAGACGACGAUCGAACAUAUCUUGAUGCAAAACGAUGGGAAAAUUUGAUUCUAUCUUUUAUGCCACGAUUACGAGUUUUUGAUUUUCAACAUAUUGACGUUAUAAAAAAUAUCGCUGUUGACAUUCAAUCAAUACAUGAGCCUCUAUUAAAACAGUUUGAAUCUUCAUUUUGGUCUCAACGAAAAUGGUUCUUUCACUAUCAAUUUUACUCUGAGAACUGUCGAAAAAAAGUGAUUUUACAUUCAGUCAAUCUUUAUAGGCGAAAACAAUACACAAUUAAUAGGCAAUUGACUGAAUAUGUGCCUCCGCGUUAUCGAAAAACUAAUAUGGAUGCUGUUAAUCAUGUUGAAAUUGAAGGUGAAAAAGCGAUUAUGAAAUGUGUAAAUUAUUUUCGGAAUGCGACAAAAUUGACUCUUUCGCAAUGUUUUGGUGAAAGUAAUUUUUGGCUUCGAAUCAAUCUCAAGCCGAUACUUCCUGUAAAACGGUUAACUACACUAGUAAUCAAUUGUGACUAUUUUCGUCUUGAUCAAUUGAUUGAAUUAUUACGUCUUGCGCCUCAUGUUCAUACAUUGACUAUGAAUGUUAACUCAAUCAAAUAUUCGAAUCGUAGUUCAUUUCAACAGAAUGAAGCGUUUCAAUUCGUAUCGAAGACGAAUAACAUUACAAAUGUGACUAUUAAAGAAAGAUGCGCAUCAGCAAACAGUCAACUAUAUAUUGAUCUAUGCCCUCGAAUGCAACAUCUGGCAAUAGAGGGUUAUUAUAGACAUGCUGUAUCGAACAUACAAUCUAUACUAAGGGAAACUAAAACUAAUAUUCAACAAUUAUGUUCGAUAUGUAUAACAAACGUGCGCAAAUCAAUAAUCACAGCAUUGAAAACUAUGAUCGAAUCAGAAAAAAUACUUGAUAACUACUCGAUGAAAUUGAUUGAUUAUGAUUUAUAUCUUUGGUGGUAG